AAGUUUUUAUGCUUACAACAAAUGAAAACGACAAUGAAGAAAUAGAAUGGUAUAUUUCUUCUGCAAAUAGUGAAACUUCAUCAGAACGAUCACAAGAAGAAUUAGAUUUAGAGAAAGAGUUUAUGUCACA